AUAGUCAGUCGAAAUGUCGAUUUCCUUCUUCUUUAGUCACACGCAUCAAAUAUCGAUAAUAGGAGACGCAACCAAUAGUUGAUCAUUUCGAAAUUAGCACGCCACCCAACAACCUUUCCCUUAUCUUGUUCCUUCUUCAAAGUUAAAAAGUUCAUUCUCGAUCAACACGAGGGAGAAGAGGCUGGGGACAAUGGCCAAUACUCCGUUUUACUGUGCAUCUCUUUUGUUACUUUUGGGUGCCAUUUCAGCCUUUCACCAACAGGUAGUUGCAGUCAAACCAGUUCCCAGUCUCAAACUUAACUCUCAUAUCCUUCAGGAGUCAAUCACUAAACAGGUAAACGAUGACCCUAAUGCUGGAUGGGAAGCUACCAUGAAUCCUCGAUUCGCUAAUUAUACCGUUGGGCAAUUUAAGCACAUUCUUGGAGUCAAACCAACACCUCAAAAGGAUUUGGAGAGUAUCCCUCUUAUAACUCAUCCAAAAUUAUCUAAGUUGCCAACUAGUUUUGAUGCAAGAACUGCUUGGCCACAGUGUAGCACAAUUGGAAGAAUUCUAGGUAAGUUGCUUGAUUGUUAUAAAAACUCUCAAAACUUCUUGGUUUUGAUGUUUCAGGGUCACUGUGGUUCUUGUUGGGCGUUUGGUGCUGUUGAAGCACUAUCAGAUCGUUUUUGCAUCCAUUUUGGCAUGAACAUAUCUCUCUCUGCUAACGAUCUCGUAGCAUGCUGUGGCUUUAUGUGUGGCUCUGGUUGUGAUGGGGGGUAUCCAAUUUAUGCAUGGCGAUACUUUGUCCACCAUGGUGUUGUCACUGAAGAGUGUGACCCAUACUUUGAUGAUAUUGGCUGUUCCCACCCUGGUUGUGAGCCUGCAUAUCCUACUCCCAAGUGCGUUAGGAAGUGUGUAAACAAGAACCAGCUAUGGAGGAAUUCAAAGCACUAUGGUGUUAGUGCAUAUAGAAUCAGUUCUGAUCCAGACAGUAUCAUGGCAGAAAUUUAUAAGAAUGGACCAGUUGAGGUCGCCUUCACCGUUUAUGAGGAUUUUGCUCACUACAAAUCUGGGGUUUACAAACAUGUUACUGGUGAUGUAAUGGGAGGUCAUGCUGUAAAGCUAAUUGGGUGGGGGACAAGUGAUUCUGGGGAGGACUAUUGGCUUCUUGCGAAUCAGUGGAAUAGAGGCUGGGGUGAUGAUGGUUACUUCAUGAUCAGAAGAGGGACAAAUGAGUGUGGUAUUGAAGACGAUGUGGUUGCAGGGUUGCCUUCAACCAAAAAUCUUGUAAGAGAGGUUGCAAUUGCUGAUACUGCUGCAGAUGCGUCAGUUUGACUGUAAAUUAUUCAUCAUAUAAGGAGUUUUAUUUAUGACUUUUGUGACUGGAAGUGGUAAAAUAUAGGUAACUAUGCCAUCAAGGCAUGGAAUGGUACCAACCAAAUGUUGGUUGUGUCGUGUGUGAGUACCGAUGAGACUAUAAUUGAUUCUGUACAAUAACUCUUAUUGAGAUUGGGGUAUUGGAUCCAUCUAUACAAAAGAAUAAGGUCCUAUUGAUGCAA